AUGUCACAUCAGAAAUCUCACAAUACCGCAAGGGUGGAUGAGAGGAGUAGUUUGCUGGGUGUUGGCCAGACCACUAGCAUCAAUGGAAACUCCCACACAGAACAAGACUAUAUACAGCCCGUGGUACUAUGGAUGGUACUUCCCAUUCUGCUCAUGGGAAUCUUUUUAUCAAACGCCGUGUCGUCCGUGGUCAUUGCCACAAAUCAGCAUAUAGCCUCCGAGUUCAAUGCCUUAUCUUCAGCAGCAUGGCUCUUGACGACGUACACGCUGUCUCAGUCCGCUAGCCAACCUCUGUACGGCAAAUUGAGUGACAUUUAUGGGCGCAGAAGAUGUAUUAUUUUCAGCUGGCUAGUGUUUGGCCUUGGUUGUCUUCUUGUGGCACUUGGUCAGAGAUUCUGGCAUGUUAUUCUCGGCCGCGCUAUCAGUGGAAUCGGGAGUGCAGGCAAGAUAGCCUUGACAUCGAUUGUCGUGGCCGACUUGGUGCCUCUCCGGGAUGUCGCUCGUUACAGAGCAUACGUGAACCUGACUGCAACGAUUGCCAGAUCUAUAGGAGGACCAGUCGGAGGGUGGCUUGCAGGCAGUGUCGGCUGGCGAUGGUGCUUCCUCAUUCAAUUCCCUGUCGCUCUCGUUGGUCUUGGUCUCGUCAUCUGGAAGCUCCCGGAGCCUAGAUCCAACAACAUUCUGGAUACUUGCCAAUAUAGCCAUGGUGCCUCGGCAUUGCGUCGAAUCGACUUUGCUGGUGCAAGUUCACUUGUAGGAGUCGUUCUUGCUGGACUUCUCUCUGUCGAGAUGGCUACCAAACUAGGAUGGUGUUGGCUAACGGCGAGUCUGGUGGUUGGCUUUAUAAUGUCCCUCGUAAUAUUCAUCCUCGUUGAAAAAUACUAUGCCAGAGAGCCGAUAUUCCCACUGGGACUCCUUGCUAAUCCCGGCGUGUUGACAUCAUACGCGAUCAUCAUGUUUCAAUCCGCAGCACAAUUCGGGCUUCUGUACGCGAUCCCCAUUUAUUUCCAAGUCAUCGGCCGAGAAUCGAUUUCGUCGUCUGGAACCCGAAUUGUCCCCGUGGUCAUUGGCAAUGCAUUUGGAACGAUCCUUAGUGGUCAACUAAUCACCCGAUACAAGAGAUACAAGGUGAUGACGGCCAUGGGCAAUGUGAUUGGACUUGUUGGCUUCAUUAUCAUCUUUCUGAGAUGGCGCGGAAGCACCAGAUGGUACGAGUCUGUCUUUGUCUCAUUGCCUGGCAUGGGUAUGGGCAUAAUUCAGUCGACAACUUUUGUACAUUUAGCCGCGAGCCUUGAGCACUCUGAGAUUGCAAUUGCUGGCUCAGCGUGGUUCCUCGCCCAAAACGUCGGCAUCCUCGUGGGUGCUAGUCUGUCGACAUCCAUCAUCAAUCAAAGAACAAGUUUCUUGCUGGAAAAGAACUUGGACGGUAUUGAAAAUAAACAACAGGUUAUUGAGCGGGUGACAUCCGACACAGAGUACAUCCAGAAAUUGCCAGAAGCAAUAUGGCGUCUGGUGGCAGAUGCAUUUAUUCAUGCACUCUCAAGUUCGAAUGGUAAGGGCUUCCGAACGUUCUGA